ACAACCUUGAUAAUUAAGCAAGGAUGUUAUUUUUACAACUUUAUUUGCAUUACCUGAAAGACUAUACAAAAGAUGCUCUAAGAAUUAAACACACUUAUGAUGUCAUAUUCUCAAUAUCUAGAUUUUCCCAGGACACUGUGCAGAGAAUAGUCAUGCCCAGUCCACAUUAGUUAACUGUCUGCAGCCAAUCACAAGGCACUCACUGAAACACGGGAUCUAUAUUAAUCUAUCCGACAGAAGCUUUGCUCUGAUGUACGAUAGGCCCUACCAGGACCACUGGAGAGGCACAGGUGAUGAAUCUCACCAACAGAGAUGCUUUUCAGGAGGCUUUGGUGAAAAAUGUUAUAAUUGUUGUGCUGGGUAUUGCUAUCAACUGCACCAAUGGGAUCAUAGUUCUGACUUUCUUCAAGAACUCUGUGUUUCACAGUGACUCAAGAUACAUUCUGUACAUGAAUCUUGUGGUGAAUGAUAUGAUUCUGAUUUUUCUUUCUGUGACACUGUAUGUUUUAAGUUAUGCCAACCCAUUUUUUAAAGCUUCCACAUGUUGUAGUGUGCUUAUAAUUGGUUCAACCACACACAUGAACACACCAAUUAUCCUGGCUGGUAUGGCUAUUGAGCGCUAUAUCGCCAUUUGCAAACCCCUUCAUCAUGCUCAGAUGUGCACAGUACGCAGGACCUAUUUCAUCAUUGGCCUUACGUGGGGAGUUGGCUUCAUGCCUGCGCUAGCUGAUGUUAUCAUUGUCCUUGCCACACAGCCUAUAAGCUUUUUUUCAACAGUAAUCUUUUGUUUUCCUCUCAGUCUAUACAACACCCGAUACCAUGAAGAGAAAGUGAAGGUGGUCCAAGGCCUGUAUAUAUCCUUCGUGUGGCUGACACUGAUCUAUACGUACGUUAGGAUAUUUCUAACAGCCAAAGCAGCUAAAGGAGAUGCUGCCUCAGCCAAAAAGGCACUUAACACCAUUUCAUUACACGGCAUCCAGUUGCUUCUGUGUAUGUUGUCCUACGUCACUCCUUUUCUUGAUCUUGUUUUGAUCACAUAUUUCCCCAUCUAUCGCUCAAAAAUAACCUUCCUGGGCUACCUGAUCACAAACAUUAUCCCAAGGCUGCUCAGUCCUCUGAUUUAUAGUAUUAGAGAUCAGAAAUUUGCCAAACACAUGUCACAGUACUUUUCCUGCAAAAUUAUAAUAUGCAAGGGCAAACAGAAGAGGAGGAACCUCAAACAUUUUAGCAAGAAGGUAUGUUCAUUUAAUAAUUAAAUUUAGAUUGAAUUGAACAAUGAAACAAUGUAUAUUUUGUUCAGUCUGUUCCUAGAGGGUUUCCAGUUGAAACUUUAAAAACCAGUGCAGAUAGCAGAUACUAAGUAUCAAA